AUGGUGGUGGACGUUUUAAGCUCUGCAAUGUCUUUCGAUGUCACAACAUCUUCACCACCGGUGGCACAAGGGUCCGACAGGGAAGCUCAGCCUGGCGGGUCUGGAGGUAGCAGCUCUGAUGCGCCCGAGACUAGCUCUGCAACAGUGUCAGACUUGAGUGAUUCCGGAGGAGAAGAUGACGUGCUAACCAAGGUGGACUCGCAAGCUGGAGAUGGAGAAGAGAGAGAAUACACCGGGUGCUUUGAGGGACCGGAAAAGACUCUGGAAGUGUGCUUCAAGCCAGGCAUCGGAAACCCGCAAGGCUGCCGAGCAUUGACCAGGCAAAGCUUGGACCGCAUGUGCUCACGCGCAAAGUGCACCAUUCUUCACCAGAUCUCCAACGACUAUCUUGAUGCGUAUGUGCUGUCGGAGAGCAGUCUCUUCGUCUACCCACACAAGGUUGUCAUGAAGACGUGUGGAACAACGACACUCCUGCGUUGUGUGGCUACACUCCUGCAAGCAGCACUCGAGCAGCAGGGCUUGGUGCUGGAGUGGAUGGGUUAUUCACGCAAGAACUUUACCUUCCCUAGCGAUCAGCUAUUUCCCCACUCCAGUUUCGAGCAGGAGCUACAGUAUCUACGGGCGCACACACAUCUUGAAAAGCGGCUUAACGGCGCAGGCUAUGUUUUGGGUCCGGUGACUGGGGACCACUGGUUCGUCUACAUCGCAGAUAAGUGCGACCGCCCAGACUACACCGCAACGGACCGCACGAUAAAUAUGAUGAUGUUCGACAUGCAUCCGGACACAGCGAAGCACUUCUACAAGGAGGCGUGCCCAACUGGCCGAGAGAUGACAAAGAAAACUGGGAUCGCCGAGCUCGUACCUGGAGCUGUUGUGGACGACUUCGCGUUCGACCCAUGCGGGUAUUCAAUGAACGCCAUCUUGUACGACUCGUACUACACGAUCCACGUCACUCCGGAGGAAUCCUGCAGCUACGCGAGCUUUGAGACGAACAACCCCUUCAAGUCGUACAGAUCAAUCAUCAACAACGUCCUGAACGUGUUCCGGCCGAAGCGAUGGGUGCUCACCAUGGUCGCAGACAAAGCCGGGCUAAACACCAUCACGGAGAAUCCGUUUGAUGUGGAAAAGAUUGAACUGCCGCUCCGGAAGGCCCAAUACAUCCGCACAUCUGUGUGCUCCACUGUCGUUGAGGGAGACUGCGUGUGCAUCAUGGGCGCCUGGGAUAUGAGGGACAAGGGCGUGCCCACCAAAGGCGCAGGUCGCCCGCGCACCGUUUCCUUGGCGUGAAACCCCCCCCAAGUGUUUUUGCCUGUGCAUGAAAUUGCUGUUUUCAAGGUUCGAUUAGCGUAGCUCGCGCCCGUUAUGCAUCCAGUGGCGUCCUCACAAAUCAGUUUGCAUUUGUUUGUGUCUCCAAGGAGGGGGACAUGUUUGUUUUAUUGCACCGUGGCGAGA